AUGUUUGAACCUACUACCUCACUGAGUCUACACCGCUUGAGCAGGCAUAGCCUCCAAGAUCGAUACGAGUCAGACGAAGAGGUUGUGUCUGAAUCUGAUACAGGCCCCCAGGAUCUACUUUCCUCGCCUGUAGGCUCACGAGCCGAAAUCUUUGAUUCAGAUCUCAGUGCCGAUGAGAAUUCUCACGCAGACCCUGAUUCUGAUCGAGAGGAAAAUGUUCUGCCUCCACCAACAGUCAAACGGGCCCGGCCCGUCUCUUCCGCUACUAUCAAGAGAAACAGCGAGGCGACGUUCGACGCAGAUACGUAUGUCUUUGAUCCGGAGGAGCAAAUGGUCCUUGAACUGCCACCCUCGGAUUCUCCGCCACAACUGGCAUCCAGCACCUUUCUACAGCCAUCGGUAUACGUCUGGCCAAAACAACCACAGUCAACCUCAAGGUCUCGCUCUAGUUCACCUUCAUCGGUCUUUUCCGUAGAGGAAGCAGACAUUCAGGUUGCAAAGGAGGUGACCAUCACGGAGCCCGGAACUCGUCCCACAGUGGUCUUGAUCAACGCUCUGGGGUCACUGCCAAAGACCUCAAAAUCCCGCCCCAGCCAUUCUCGCUCCCGGGAAAGCAGCCGCAGCCGCAGCCGCUCUGUGCUGGUCAGGGCCGACAGCCGCCGACUUACCAUGCAACGCUUGUCAGAUCCAGCCAAGUCACAGCGAGCAUCCGAGAAAAGGAGCACCAUGAAGCAGGCGCCCAAGACAGCUCCAACCUCAACCUCAGCCCCAGCCCCUGCCCUAGAAGAAGAUACACAGUUCGCACCCAGUGCGACCAUCAACCGAGUCUCCCAAAUUUCCCCAGUCCUCUACUUCCCAGCACCACCACGCACCGUCCCAACACAAGGAUACCGAGCCCGACCCCAAACCUCAGGUUUCGACAAGGCAAUGCCACCACCACUAAGCCUACGUACCCGUCGACCCCCCUCACUGCGUAGCAUAAGCAGCAACAGCGUCUCAACCUACACCUCCCGCCCAUCCACACCCUUCUCAGCAGAGGACGCCAACCCCCAUAAUAACGACGCACCACCCUCCCAACUCACCAGGCCUUGCAGCCCGGCCUCAAUCUCCUCACCAUCAUCAUACAUCUCCUCAAAGCGCGUGCCCUCAACAUACAGUGUAUCAAAUAUCCUCACCAGCCGCUCGCCACUGAUGAUGCGUCGCAUGACAAGGAAGCACUCUGCCUCCAGCGUGAAUUCAUUGAGUAGUUUGCGCUCAGAGGUCGGCGUUAAUGGUCCCUCUUCAUCGCAGAUCUCUGUGGCUACUCAGCCCACUCCGCUUCCUAGUGCUGACUGCCAUGUCGUGCGCAAGUCUAGCCGGCGUCGUCAUACACGCCACGCUAGUGUUUUGCCCAGUGGGAGGGGAUUUAUGGGAUUGAAGCUGGGGAAGAGAUCGCAUACUAAGGCUUAG